CGCGGUUUCGAUUCCAGCGAAAAAUGCUUUGGCUCAGACUGUCCCGUGACAGGCGGUGCGAGGAGGCCAGGCCCGCGCCCGCCGAGCCCUAGGGCCGCUGCUGCCGACAGCCAUGGAGGACGAGCAGCCUGACAGCCUGGAGGGCUGGGUGCCGGUCCGGGAGGGCCUCUUCGCCGAGCCCGAGAGGCACCGGCUGCGCUUCCUGGUGGCCUGGAACGGCGCGGAGGGCAAGUUCGCUGUGACUUGUCACGACCGUACCGCGCAGCAGCGGCGGCUGCGCGAGGGGGCCCGGUUGGGGCCCGGGCCCGAGCCCGAGCCCAAGCCCAAGCCCGAGGCCGCCGUGUCCCCGCCCAGCUGGGCCGGCCUGCUCUCGGCCGCGGGGCUCCGCGGCGCGCACCGGCAGUUGGCGGCGCUGUGGCCGCCUCUGGAGCGCUGCUUCCCGCGGCUGCCGCCGGAGCUGGACGUGGGCGGCGGCGGGGCCUGGGGUCUGGGGCUUGGGCUGUGGGCGCUGCUGUGGCCGACGCGCACGGGUCCCGGCGAGGCGGCGCUGCAGGAGCUGUGCGGGCAGCUGGAACGCUAUCUGGGCGCGGCGGCCGACGGCUGCGGCGGCGCCACAGUGCGCGACGCACUCUUCCCGGCUGAGGGCGGCGCGGCCGACUGCGAAAGCCCGCGCGAGUUCCGGGAGCGGGCCUUGCGCGCGCGGUGGGUCGAGGCGGACGCGCGGCUGCGCCAGGUUAUUCAAGGACACGGAAAAGCCAACACCAUGGUAGCAUUAAUGAACGUUUACCAAGAGGAAGAUGAAGCAUACCAGGAAUUGGUUACCGUGGCAACCAUGUUCUUCCAGUACUUAUUGCAGCCAUUUAGGGCUAUGCGAGAAGUUGCAACUUUAUGUAAGCUUGAUAUUUUGAAGUCUUUGGAUGAGGAUGACCUAGGUCCUAGAAGGGUAGUUGCCCUGGAGAAAGAAGCUGAAGAAUGGACCAGACGGGCUGAAGAAGCUGUCGUCUCUAUUCAAGAUAUCACAGUGAAUUAUUUUAAGGAGACAGUAAAAGCAUUAGCAGGAAUGCAGAAAGAAAUGGAACAGGAUGCGAAGAGAUUUGGUCAGGCUGCCUGGGCCACAGCAAUUCCCAGGUUGGAAAAACUUCAGCUAAUGCUAGCUCGAGAGACUCUGCAACUCAUGAGAGCGAAAGAGUUGUGUUUAAAUCACAAAAGAGCUGAAAUUCAGGGAAAGAUGGAAGAUCUUCCAGAACAAGAAAAAAAUACAAAUGUUGUAGAUGAAUUAGAAAUACAAUUUUAUGAAAUUCAAUUAGAACUAUAUGAAGUUAAAUUUGAGAUAUUAAAAAACGAAGAAAUACUGCUUACUACACAGUUGGACUCUCUUAAAAGACUUAUAAAAGAAAAACAGGAUGAAGUUGUCUAUUACGAUCCAUGUGAAAAUCCAGAGGAACUUAAAGUCAUUGACUGUGUGGUGGGGCUGCAGGAUGAUAAGAAUUUGGAAGUGAAAGAACUCAGAAGGCAGUGCCAGCAGCUGGAGUCUAAACGGGGCAGGAUCUGUGCCAAAAGAGCCUCUCUCCGGAGUAGAAAGGAUCAGUGCAAAGAAAAUCAUCGGCUCAGAUUGCAACAGGCUGAAGAAAGCAUAAGAUACUCUCGUCAGCAUCACAGUAUUCAGAUGAAAAGAGACAAGAUAAAAGAAGAGGAGCAAAAGAAAAAAGAAUGGAUCAACCAAGAACGUCAAAAAACACUCCAACGAUUGAGAUCAUUUAAAGAUAAACGCCUAGCUCAAUCUGUCCGAAACACCUCUGGCUCAGAACCUGUGGCUCCAAACCUGCCAAGUGAUCUUUCCCAGCAGAUGUGCUUGCCAGCUUCCCACGCGGUGUCAGUAAUUCACCCGUCCUCUAGGAAAACUAGAGGUGUUCCCCUAUCGGAAGCUGGUAAUGUGAAAAGCCCCAAGUGUCAAAACUGUCAUGGAAAUAUCCCUGUCCAGGUUUUUGUUCCAGUUGGUGAUCAAACACAUUCCAAAUCCAGUGAGGAAUUGUCACUGCCACCACCUCCUCCUCCUCCACCACCACCGCCACCGCCACCGCCGCCCCCACCCCCUCCUCUCCGUGCUCUGUCCUCAUCCUCUCAAGCUGCAACUCAUCAGAACUUAGGCUUCCGGGCUCCAGUGAAAGAUGACCAGCCACGUCCUCUAGUGUGCGAAUCACCUGCUGAGCGACCACGUGACUCCUUGGAAAGUUUUUCAUGUCCAGGAUCUAUGGAUGAAGUGUUGGCCUCCUUAAGGCAUGGCAGAGCUACUCUCCGGAAGGUGGAAGUGCCGGCGGUGCGCCCUCCCCACGCCUCAAUCAAUGAGCACAUUCUGGCUGCCAUAAGGCAAGGGGUCAAACUGAAGAAAGUUCACCCUGAUCUUGGCCCAAACCCCAGCAGCAAACCAACCAGCAACAGACGCACCAGUGACCUUGAGAGGAGCAUCAAGGCUGCGCUCCAGAGAAUCAAGAGGGUGUCUGCUGACUCUGAGGAGGACAGUGAUGAGCAGGACCCUGGCCAGUGGGACGGUUAGGCUCAAGUUUGACAAAGGCACCUGCCACAGUAGGCUUGAAUAAAGUGGGUGAGUCUUAGACCUAUUGAAAAGCAUACUAACAGGGUGCUGAUACAUGGGCCACAUAACACCCCGGAAGAUCAGCAGGGCCUUGCGUGGGCUGCUGCAGCAUUUUUUUUUUUUUUUUUUUUUUUUUGAGAUGGAGUCUCACUCUGUUGCCCAGGCUGGGGUGCAGUGGUGCGAUCUUGGCUCACUGCAAGCUCCGCCUCCUGGGUUCACGCCAUUCUCCUGCCUCAGCCUCCCGAGUAGCUGGGACUACAGGCGCCACCACCAUGCCCAACUAAUUUUUUGUAUUUUUUAGUAGAGGCGAGGUUUCACCGUGUUAGCCAGGAUGGUCUCGAUCUUCUGACCUUGUGAUCCGCCUGCCUCAGACUCCCAAAGUGUUGGGAUUCCAGGUGUGAGCCACCACGCCCGGCCUUUUUUUUUUUCUUUCUUUUGAGACAGAAUCUCACUCUGUCAUCCAGGCUAGAGUGCAGUGGCGCAAUCUUGGCUUACUGCAACCUCCACCUCCCAGGUUCAAGCAAUUCUCUGCCUCAGCCUCCCGAGUAGCUGGGAUUACAGGCAUGCACCACCACGCCGGGCUAAUUUUUGUAUAUUUAAGUAGAGACAGGGUUUCGCUAUGUUGGCCAGGCUGAUCUUGAACUCCUGACCUCGUGAUCCACCUGCCUUGGCCACCCAAAGUGUUGGGAUUAUAGGCAUGAGCCACCGUGCCUGGCCGAUGCUGGAGCUUUUAUGUGACACGGUGACUCUUAAAACUGGGGAGGGACGUAGAGAUGAGAGUUUCACACACCAGCCCAUAGGUGGGAAUGUCAAGACCCAUCGGAAGUGUCGCUGGCCUAAGAGAAGAGCACUUAUUUCUCACCAUGGCUGAUCUAGGAUUGUUCCCUGAUUCUGAAAGAAGUUUACACUACAAUGGUAAGCAGCACUAUUAGACUACUGACUGUGGCCUUCUGUGCAUAUGGAAUAAUGAUUUCUCAGAUUUGUAGGUUUGAAUGUGAAUGUUAUUUUAUCAGUAAUCAGAAUAAAUUGCUUAUAUUCAGGA